UAUAUAAAAUCCUCUUGAGAUCCACAAUGAGAAACGAAACUGAAGAAAUUUUUUCAGUGAGCUGAGAGAAGAGAUAAGAGUGAAAAAAUGGCGAUUAGGGUAUGGAUUUCCUUAUUUCUCUGCGUUUACGCAUUGCUAGGAUCGCUUUCUUAUGCUUCUGAGAGCGAAGAGAAGGAGUACGUUGUGACACUGGAUCACUCCAAUUUCUCUGAUUUCGUCGGUAAACACAAAUUCAUCGUCGUCGAGUUCUAUGCCCCUUGGUGUGGUCAUUGCAAGAAACUUGCUCCUGAGUAUGAGAAAGCAGCACAAAUUUUAAGUCAGAACGAUCCACCUGUUAUUCUGGCCAAAGUUGAUGCUAAUGAGGAGCAAAACAAGAUUCUUGCCAGUGAGUUUGAUAUAAAAGGUUUCCCUACAAUUAAGAUCUUGAGGUAUGGAGGAAGCGUUAUUCAAGAUUACAAAGGACCACGUGAGGCGGAUGGUAUCAUUUCUUACUUAAAGAAACAAAGUGGUCCUGCUUCUGCUGAAAUUAAAUCUGCUGAUGAUGUUAUUGAUGUCAAUAAGAUCAUUAUCGUUGGGGUUUUCCCAGAGUUCUCUGGCGAGAAAUAUGAGAAUUUCACAGCUCUGGCUGAAAGAUUGCGGUCUGACUAUGAGUUUGCUCAUACUUUGGAUGCUAAACUCCUUCCUCGAGGGGAUUCAUCAGUUUCAGGCCCUGUUGUUAGGUUAUUCAAGCCUUUUGAUGAACUUUUUGUAGAUUUCCAGGAUUUCGAUGUGGAUACCUUAGCAAAGUUAGUUGAAGCAGCAAGCAUUCCAACUGUGACUCUAUUUAACAAAGACCCCAAUAACCAUCCUUUUGUUAUCAAAUUCUUCAACAGUCCAAAUGCCAAGGCCAUGCUGUUUGUAAACUUCAACAGUGACCUAAUUGAUACUUUUAAAUCCAAGUAUCAUGAAGUUGCUGAGCAGUACAAAGGCAAUGAUAUUAGUUUCUUAAUUGGUGAUGUUGAGGCCAGUCAAGGUGCCUUCCAGUACUUUGGACUCAAAGAAGAUCAGGUACCUCUAAUCAUCAUACAGACAAAUGAUGGGGAGAAGUAUCUCAAACCAAAUGUUGAGCCUGAUCAUAUUGCUUCAUGGGUUAAGGAUUUUAAGGACGGCAAGGCGAAACCUUUCAAGAAAUCAGAACCUAUCCCAGAGGUUAACAGCGAACCUGUUAAAGUUGUGGUUGCUGACACUCUCCAGGAUAUGGUUUUCAACUCUGCGAAGAAUGUACUCCUCGAGUUUUAUGCCCCUUGGUGCGGACACUGCAAGCAGUUGGCCCCGAUCCUUGAUGAAGUGGCUGUCUCAUUUGAAAGCGAUGCUGAUGUUAUGAUAGCUAAAAUUGAUGCUACUGCUAAUGAUAUUCCCCAGGGAACUUUUGAUGUCCAAGGUUAUCCGACUCUUUAUUUCAAGACAGCAAGUGGAAAGAUCUCACAGUAUGAAGGUGACAGGACCAAGGAAGACAUUAUUGACUUCAUCCACAAGAAUCGGGAUAAAGCUGCGGACCAAGGUUCGAGAAAAGAGGAGCUAUAAGUAAAGGAAGAAUAGCAACAAGAGGAGAUUUUGAAGGUUCCCAAGGCAUUUGGCAUUGUGUUGGCUGCCUUACCAUUUACCAGGUCCAAUGAAGUGAGGAAACACCGUGGGCUACAUUUCCAACCCCGCUCCCAUCCCACCCCCCAAACCCCUGCCAUCACAACCCCAAAAAUAGCCCCUUUUUACCAUGGUCUGUAACAAAUAUUUCUGAUAAGGUUUUGUUGAGGAUUAGGUAUCGUAGCUAGUCUCAAUAGUUUGAGUAGUGCAUCUCAGCGUGAUGAAUGUUUUUCUGGAGAAACUAUCAUCUAAGUUAUUUACGAAGCAAAGUGAAAACCCUUUAAACUUGUCUUGAA